AUGCUACAUGGCAACGAUGGGCAGCACGGUGGAAACGAUGAACAUCGAUACACCGGAGCUGCUCCUCAGAGAGAAGAAAGCUCAGAAACCCCGAGAAAACUUAGAAACAAUUUAACUUACAGAGGGAUCCGAGAUAUGUGUAAAGCUGGGGAGAAACAGAUUGCUAUCCGAGACGAAGUGGAGAAGCUUUUGAAAGCUGGAUUCAUCAGGAAAGUAGAUUAUCCGGAGUGGCUGGCUAAUGUGGUUUUGAUCAAGAAGUCCAACGAUCAACUGGGCAAGAACGUCGAGGUUUAUGUAGAUGACAUAGUCGUGAAAUCCAAGGGGAUCGAGGAUCACGCAGAGGAUCUGGCAGAAACUUUUGAAAAGCUGAAGGGUUUUAACCUCAAGCUGAACCCGGAAAAGUGUGUUUUUGCAGUCCGCUCUGGGAAAUUUCUAGGGCACCUCAUCUCGGAGAAAGGCAUCGAGGCGAACCCGGAGAAAAUCGAGGCAGUAAUGAAUAUGAAAGCCCCGAGCUCGGUAAAAGAAGUGCAAAAGUUGAACGGAAGAGUCACGGCGUUGGGAAGCAAACCCCCAGUGCUAGGUAGACCUGAGCCAGGGGAAAUCUUAUAUUUGUAUCUCUCGGUGAAUGACGAGACAGCAGCGGCGGUCCUGGUGAAGGAAGAUAAGGUGGCGGCGGAAAAGCUAAGGAGAUAUUUCGAGGCUCACAUCAUUGUAGUACGUACGAACCAACCUCUGAGAAAGGCGUUGCAGAGGCCAGAAAUGUCAGGACGGCUAGUCAGCUGGUCGGUCCAGCUGGGAGGAUACGACAUCCGGUAUGAACCGAGACCGGCUCUAAAAGCACAAGUAUUGGCAGAUUUCAUAGCCGAGACCACAGCAAGCGACCAGCCUGAGGAGCCUGACGAACAACUUCUACAGUGGGUCUUAGAAGUCGAUGGGGCAUCAAAUCUGGAAGGAUCGGGGGCAGGCGUAGUCUUGAAAGGCCCUCACGGAGUUAUACUCCGAAGCUCGGUGAAAUUCGAUUUCCCGGCAUCCAAUAAUGCCGCGGAGUAUGAGGCUCUGUUGAUCGGAUUAAGAAUGGAGCUCGGAGGAAAAUGGGUGAUAGAGCAAGUUCCUCGUUUGGAAAAUCAAGAGGCAGAUGUACUAGCCAAAGCAGCAACAGUGAACGAAAAGAUACCGGGGGUCCAUUUCUCUGUUCAAAAACAUUCCAGCAUCGACAACCACGAAACCAUUUUCCUAACUCAGCCUUUGGAAAAUUGGAUACAAGGCAUAGCCCACUAUCUGAUGGACGGAACUCUGCCAGAAAACAGAGAUAAAGCAUACAAAAUCUUGCGACAAGCCCCGUACUACGCGUUCCUCGACGGAAUCUUAUACAGGAAGUCAUUCACCCACCCGUGGUCGAGAUGCCUGACAGCAGAGGAAGGGGAAUAUGUUUUGAGGGAAAUACAUGAAGGGAUUUGUGGAGCACAUAUAGCUCCUCGCAUGUUGGCAAAGAAAGCAGUGUUGCAGGGAUACUACUGGCCCCUAAUGGUCAGACAGGCAGAGGAGAUAGUAAAGAAGUGUGAAAACUGUCAGAGGCAUCAGAACAUCCGACACGCUCCCACCACAGAGCAGUGUCCUAUUACCAUGGCAGUAGAUCACUUCACAAAGUGGAUCGAGGUAGAGGCAGUGAGCACCAUCACAGAAGCUCGGAUCAGGGAUUUCUUCUGGAGGCAAAUUGUGUGUCGUUUCGGUAUACCCAGAGCAUUGGUAACUGAUAACGGAAAGCAGUUCAACUACCGAGCAUUUAAGGAAUUUUGCAAUGACUUGCACAUUGACCUGCGUUUCACUUCGGUAGUUCACCCGCAAAGCAAUGGGAUGACCGAAGUAACCAACCGGACAAUCCUAAAAGGGCUUAAGGCCAGGCUAGGGGAGUUCGAUAGACAGUGGCUGGAAGAGCUACCAAUGGUCAUAUGGGCUUACCGAACCACCCCAAGGGCAGGCACAGGAGACACCCCGUUUUCUUUGACAUAUGGGUGUGAGGCAAUGAUACCUGUAGAAAUCGGGAUGCCAACGCUAAGGGUCCAGUUCUUCGAUGAGGCUAAGAACGAGGAAGAACAGAAACUAUGCCUAGACCUGUUGGAAGAGCGAAGAGAGCAGUCAAAAUCGUCAAAAAUAAAAAACAAAGCAAAAUUCAUUCAAAGAAAACAACAUGGAUAUAACAAGAAAACAUAG